AUGGCGUCAAACAAUCACAACGAUAACCACGGUGAAAUCCCUAAUACAGGCAGAGAUCACACCAUUCUCCCCUUCGCUCAGAACCAUAAACCAUAUAACGAUACUGCCGGGUCAUCGCGUCCCAGCCGAGAGGAGACAUCUUCGGAGAAGUCGUGGAAGCCGACUUUCCAUCGCCAACACAGCUGGAGUAACCAGGACCAGAAGCACCAGCUGCAAGAACGAUUGUACCGGUCGGAAAAGGGAAAGGAGAUGGGGUUCACAGAGGUGCAUAGUGGGGAUUAG